CUAUGUAGCGAGAGCACCACUGCAAGCACUCGCUUGGUUCUCCGCUCAUGCGCAUUGACUACUGCCUGGGCAAUUUGUCAGUACUCGUGGGAGAAUUUGGGUUCCACCUUUCAUAACAUGGAAGAAUCAGCUAAACACCCUGUUGCUCCUGAUUUCGAUGUUUAUGAGGCAAUGGACUGGAAAGAUGGAGUGGGGACUCUUCCGGGGAGUGAACUGAAAUUUCGAGUGAACGAAUUUGGGGUUCUGGAGGUCAUCACAGAUGAUGCGGAGGCAGAGAGCGUGAAGAAGGCUCACGCCAGGACCACGUGGGCCGUCCCCACCGCGCAGGAAGUGUUUCCGGCGGAGGGCGAGGACAGGAAGGACAAGCAGUGGCAGAGGAGGGGCCUAGUGUGCGUGCACUGCCAGAGGAAGGGCUCGCACGUGGACUUCCUGUCCGAUGGACGGCACUGCAGUGAGCGCUGCCUGAGGCAGACCCAGCAGGAAGAGCAGAGGGCCAAGAGAGAGGCGCCCAAAAGCAAUGGAGAGAUGCUGGGGGUCGGGCGUAAAAGACACCUCCAGAGGCAGGAGAGCACUGCUGAGGAAACGGACAACACGCCGGAAGUGCAGGAUGACGACGAAGACUACGAAGAGAAGGCAGACAGGAAGACGACGCGGGGGCCGCAGCGAGGUCGUAGGAAGCGGAGGGGAGACGCGGCGCUGCUGAAACACAGUGAGUGGAGCCGCUCGGCGAGAGGAAGCCGCGGACGGCCGUUCCCCGGCGUUAGCGCUGACGGCUCGCUGCCCUCCCUCUGCCCGCAGAUGGAUUCCGUCUCCGCGGCUGUCCCGUACGGAGGGAAGAAGAAGUCAUGGUGCUGGGCCUCUUACCUGGAGCAAGAGAAGGCCCUCAGCGCUCCCAACAAGCUGUUUAAAGAGCACCAGUCCUACCCACAGAAUAAGAAUGGCUUUCGGGUAGGGAUGAGACUGGAAGGAGUGGACCCUGAACACCCCUCCAUGUACUGUGUGCUGACAGUUGCCGAGGUUUCAGGGCACAGAAUCAGGCUGCACUUCGACAAGUACAGCGACUGCUAUGACUUCUGGGUAAAUUCCAAUUCUCCGGACAUCCACCCGGUGGGCUGGUGUGAGAAAACGGGACACAAGCUUCACGCUCCGAAAGGUAUAAAGGAGGAGGAAUUUAAUUGGCAGUCCUACAUCAAGCUGUGCAAGGCCCAGGCUGCACCCAAAGCCUUGUUUGAGAGCCAGAACACGACCGUCACCCCUUCAGGAUUUCGAAUCGGAAUGAAGCUGGAAGCCAUUGACAAGAAAAACCCCACUUUCAUCUGCGUUGCCACAGUAACAGACAUGGUGGAUAGCCGAUUCCUGGUGCACUUCGAUAACUGGGAUGAGAGUUAUGACUACUGGUGUGAUGCCACGGGUCCCUACAUUCAUCCGGUUGGCUGGUGUCAGGAGAAUGCUAAGACCCUCACAACUCCUCCAGGUUACCCGGAUGCAAAGACUUUUUCCUGGGAAGGAUACCUGGAGGAAACCAACUCUUUGCCAGCCCCUGCGAGGGCCUUCAAAUCGAAACCGCCCCACAGUUUCCAGAGACAUAUGAAGUUGGAGGCAGUGGACAAGAGGAACCCAAUGCUGGUCAGGGUGGUGUCCGUGGUCGACACAGAUGACCACAGAAUCAAGAUUCACUUUGACGGCUGGACCGAUGAGUACGAUUACUGGGUGGACACGGACAGCCCGGACAUCCAUCCCGCCGGCUGGUGCGCCAAGACGGGUCACCCCCUCCAACCCCCCAUCAGUCCUCAGGACAUGUUUGAGUCCUCUGAGCAAGGCGGCUGCCCCACACCAGGCUGUAAAGGUGUGGGACACAUCAAAGGAGCUCGCUACUCUGGUCACCACAGUGCUGUAGGAUGCCCGUACUCUGACAUCAACAUCAACAAGGACUCGGUUCUGCCGGACAGACUCAGUGGGGAGAUGCCAGGAUCAGGUCCAGCUUUAGGCAGAACCAGGAGAGGGGAACCCAACCCUGAGAUGGCCACUUUCUCAGUCCAAAAACCUGUAACCUCAAACCACAAUCACCUGGACAAGCCAACCGGGGCGGACAAAUCCGUCACGGGAGAAGGUAGCGGGGAGCCCCUUCUCAAGAAGCCUCCGGUCACUGAAACCAAAAGGAGGGUGGGCCGACCAUGCAAACAGAGGAAGGUGGAGGUGCUGGAGGAGGAGGAGAUGGAGAGCGAGGUGUCCUCCAUAAUGGAGAGUAAAGAGCUGUCCCUGCAGCAGGCCCUGCACCAGUCAGUGUUCAUGCCCUGCGGUUCUCCCGCCCCAAGCACGCCCUUCUGCUGGGACCAGCACAGCAAGCUGCUGCCCUCCGUGGCCGGGAUCACCGCCAGCAAGGUGGCCAGCUGGACCGUGGAGGAGGUCACUGCGUUCAUCCAGGGUCUGCCCGGCUGCAAGGAUCAGGUGCGGAUGUUCAGAGAAGAGCAAAUUGAUGGCGAAGCUUUCUUGCUGCUGACACAGGUUGACCUGGUUAAGAUCAUGAGCAUCAAACUGGGGCCGGCCUUAAAGAUUUACAAUUCCAUCCUGAUGUUUAAGACUGCUGAAGACUCCUAUAAUGAGCUCUAACCAAACCUGAGGCAUGGAUCCGUAUUCCCGGAAUGCCAGCCGGGAGAUUCCCGAUGGAAGCUGAAGCACAAAGAACUCCAAUCUCAUGCAACUGGAAUGCAUAUAAAUUCUAACAAAUUGCACAAAUGCUUUUUAGAAUUGGGUCCUCGUGUCCAAGAGACUGUCCAUGUUCACUUACCGAGGAUGUCCCAUUGACGGACUAUCAUUUUUCAUCCUUUGUUGUAAAUUCUGUGUAAAAGAAAUUUGAUCAUUCGGGGGCAAAAGUGGGUCUUGUCUACUGAAAAAUGUGUAAAUAUUCUAAAGGACAUUAGGGUACUUUCCUCAUCAUUGUCAUCUUAAAUAUUGAAACCCAACCCAUUUUCUGUUCCCUGUAGUAUGUAAUGCAGGGUCCUGUUUAUUAACCUGAAGUUGUAAUAACUGGGUGACAGAAAUCCAGACAUGUGACUGGAUAUGCUUUAGUUCAAAGUGUGAAAUCAGUCCGCCAUACCCGCGUAAUGGAUUUUUUCAAACCUUAUUCUAGAAAUCCAGAGCAUGCUAGAAAAACAAAUUAUAGCCAGGAAUUGAGGUGCUGUAAUUCCCUGGCUGGAUAGCAGUGGGGAAUGAAUAAAUUGAUGGAAGAGUGAUGAUGUGUUUUGAUCGGUGUAACCUCUCUUGGUGUUCAGUCUGUCGAGGGAGCCUUUUUCGUUUCUGGGAUGGACAGGAGAACAUUUUUGCUUAAGAGCUGUGCACAUCUUGGGAUUUGGGUCAAGACUAAAGGAAUCCAGGCAAUAACUGCUCUAUGAAACCUUUAUGAAGGUACCAUCCCUACAAUCAAACAAAGUUCUAUCAGAAGGUAGAUUUCCAUGUUGUGACACUACAUUUCCUCAUCGCCGAUAUUGUACAUAACUUACUUUAUUUCUGUUAGGGUCGUCUUCUUUAAGGUGAACACAGGUACAAUCCUAUUUCUUUUCCACCCAUCUUCUUCCUAAAAUAUUGGUCCCGGAAGCGUGAAGAGGAUGACGCCAAUGAACUGUGUGGCCAUUUAUUUAUUUAUUUAAUGAUGCUGUAUCUCGCGAAAGUGAGAGCGGAAGCUAUGCAUAUGCAUUUGAUAUAAAAGUCGGAGGGACGUGGUGGUGUUGCUACAUAUGCUAGCGUCGAAGCCUUCGUUCCACUGUACUGCUGUACUGAUACGCUAAUAAAGUGCUGAUAAUUGGAA